UUUCUCUCUCUCUCUCUCCCUCUCUCCCUCUCUCCCUCUCUCUCUCUCUGAAAUUCUUGAACUAUAGAACACUUUCUUGAUCUGCUUUCAAGUUUCUUCAGAUAUACAUUUUCUUGAUCCAAUCUUCAUCUCUUUGUGUGUGUGUUUUUGGGUGUUUUAAAGUAAUUCUGCUUACAAACUGAAACCAAAUUCAUCCAUUAAUAUGUGUGUACACGACGCAGUGAAGGAUAAUCUGGGUGUUUCAGCAGACGAUAGCACCGCUCAGCUUGCUUCUGAUCAGAUCACUCUUUCGACAUCUUUUCCGAUGGAUAGCAUUGGUGAGACUGCAGUUGUUACAUAUGAGAAACAGAGCGAUUUCGUCCCCGUUCUUCGUUCUGGAGACUGGUCUGAUAUCGGAAAGCGAGCAUAUAUGGAGGAUACUCACAUAUGCAUUCCAAAUCUAGCUGAAAAUUUCAGUGAUAAACUUCUUAGCAAAGAACUUGUCUCAUUUUAUGGAGUAUUUGAUGGGCAUGGAGGAAAGGGAGCAUCACAUUUUGUUCGAGAUCAUUUACCAAGAAUCAUCGUCGAGGAUGCUAAUUUCCCAUUAGAGCUUGAGGAAGUCGUCAUGAGGUCUUUCAUGGAGACGGAUGCUGCAUUUGCCAAGUCGUGUUCUACCGAACGAUCUCUUUCUUCUGGCACGACCGCACUUACUGCAAUGAUCUUCGGGAGAUCUCUUCUUGUGGCAAAUGCUGGAGAUUGUAGGGCAGUUCUGUCUCGAAACGGAUUAGCUUUUGAGAUGUCAAAAGAUCACAGGCCAUGCUGUCACAAAGAAAGGGUUCGAGUCGAAUCUUUAGGUGGGUUCGUGGAAGAUGGCUACUUGAACGGUCAAUUAGGUGUGACUCGAGCCAUAGGUAACUGGCACAUCAAAGGCCUAAAAGAAAGUGGCGAACAGGUUGGCCCUUUGAGUGCCGAACCCGAGCUCAAACUGGUCACACUAACUAAAGAAGAUGAGUUCUUGAUCAUAGGAAGCGAUGGAAUUUGGGAUGUUUUCAGGAACCAAAAUGCAGUGGAUUUUAUCAGGCGUCGGCUGCAGGAUCACAACGAUGUGAAGCGUUGCUGCAAGGAUAUGGUGGAGGAAGCAAUGAAGAGAGGAGCGAUUGAUAAUUUGACAGUGGUGGUUGUGUGUUUUCAGGCGGAGCCACCACCACCUGUGGUGGUGCAGAGAGGUAGAGUUCGGAGAAGCAUUUCUGCAGAAGGCCUGCUUAAUCUUAAAUUCCAUCUUGAAGGGUAAAAGAGCUUUUUCCUUUUGCUCUCAUUUUACUGAAUUGUUAUUUCUGACUGUUUGUAGC